GUUUAUCCAUAUGAAGAAGCUAUUCAGUUUGGUGUUUCUACACAGAGAUACCUGUCUGUUCUCAACAGUAUGCUCCCAGAGACUCCAGUGGUUGGUGCAUGUAUUGUGAAUGAAGAAAAGAAGAUUGUUGGAAUAGGAUAUAAUGGAAUGCCAAACAAGUGUUCAGAUGACAACAUGCCGUGGGGACGGGAGGCUGACAGUAUACUAGAAACCAAACAGUUAUAUGUGUGUCAUGCAGAGCUGAAUGCUGUAUUGAACAAGAAUUCAGCAGACGUGAAGAACUGUACAAUAUAUGUAGCAUUGUUCCCAUGUAACGAAUGUGCUAAAGUUGUGAUACAAUCAGGGAUAAAGGAAGUUAUAUAUUACUCGGAUAAAUACCAUGACAGGCCAGAGUUCAUGGCAUCUAAGAGAAUGUUUGAUAUGGCAGGUAUAAAAUACAGCCCUGGCGGCUGCUAUGUACAACCAAGCAGAACCAUUUGUCAAUUUUGGAAGAGGACCACCCAAUGAACAUCCAGGCCAUACAUCAACUUUCACCAAACGGUUUCAAAGGAGAUGUUGUUUAAAGGAAAAUGUUGACGGACGGUGAGCAAUCGCAAUAGCGCUAUAGCUCACCCCCGAGCACUUUGUGCCCAGGAGAGCUAAAUACUUUGAAACAACUAGCAUGACUGAAUAAAAAUCUUUUAUUUUCUUUUUGCAUGAUAACAGAAACAACUAUGAUAUGAUAAUCUCAGUUAAACAACAACAAAAUGCCUGUCAGACAUAGUCUGUAUACAUGCUUGAACAAUUUUAACUAUUCAACAUAUUGUUUUGUCUACAUCUAACUGUGAGUUCAAAAUAUUGACAGAGGAGCUAGUAUGACCAGUACUAGUAAUUGUCAAAUGGUACUUGCACUAUGAAGGCAUAAUGAGUGGACACCAAAAUAUGUAAUAGGGUUAUUAUAACAGUAGCUAGAUCAGAUCAGAUGAGGCGUGGAAGCGCCGAGUGUGAUCUGACUUGGCAAAAUACACACGAGUCGAAUGCAAUAUACAAUACAGAAGGUACAAUACAGAUUUUUUUUCUGCCUGCUAGACUUUUACUUGUGAAAUCCAAGCCAUAUUUUGGACAGA